AUGAGUAAUUUAACAGCAGCAGAAGAAAAGUUUUUGAAACAUGAUUGGGUUAAUGACAAGAACUGGAAAUUGUACCUAAGUAAUUUGUAUCCUUCUCCUUCAAUAAAUAAUAUUGAGAAAUAUAAAAAGAAAUACUUCCAAAAAAAUAUCGAUAAAGAUCUUGAUAUAAAUACAAACUUUAGUAGUGUAAAAGAUCAAAAACAAGAAUCUCCGAACUCUAACUUUUAUUCAUAUAAUAAUAAUAUUUAUAGUUAUAAAGGAAAGUUACCAGUUAUAAUAUUUUUCUAUUCCACAUUUGUUUUAUGUGCCAGUUUAUUCUAUUUCCUAUUAUUAUCACUAAAUAUAAAUUUAUAUAAAAAAUUGGGAACGUUUAUGUCGUUGUCUUAUUUGUUUGCUUAUUUGGGAUUAUUAUUAUUAGAUUAUAAAACACAGAAAAAUAACUUUUCCUUAGUCAAUUUUUUUUCAUGUGAAAAAGGUCAUUAUUUAUCAUAUUCUAUGAUCCUAUUUUUUAUUAAAGAUGCCGUUCUGAUAUUCCUUCCUAUAUUUUUAACACUCUUGAUUAAUAUUUAUCUAAUUUAUAAACAAUUAAAAUCUAGUCUUGUGCCAUUUAUCCAAAAGAAUUAUUAUAUUAAUAAAUUAGUUUCCUACAUGGACAAAAUGAUAUUAAAUGUUUACAUGAUGAGAGCAAAUAUAGAAAUUUACAAUUUACUUUUUAUUAUCAUAUGUUUAUUUUUCAGAAGAGCUAGCUUAUUAAAUUUAAUCAUAUAUACACAUUUCUUUAAAUUGAAAUACGCUUCCUCUGAUUCUUAUUUCCACGCUUGUUAUUCAAAAAAUGGAGAAAUGAUUAGACAAUAUUUAUCGCAUCCCAUGGUACCCAGAAUAUUCCUAAAUAUAUUUAAUAAGAUAUCUCAUUAUUUUAAUGUGUACCUAAGUUACCGAAGAAGAUAA